AUGGUGAGGGGUCCUGGGUACCGAGGAGUCCCAGGUAUUGAGGAGUCCUGGGUAUUGAGGAGUCCUGGGUACCGAGGAAUCCCGGGUACUGAGGAGUCCUGGGUAUUGAGGAGUCCUGGGUACCGAGGAGUCCCAGGUAUUGAGGAGUCCUGGCAGGCGGACAUGCUCCUGGGGAAAGCCUCGAUACGGGGGAGCCCGGAGAUGGAGGAGGACGUAGGGGGGGGCUACAGCGUGCCCAGAAUUUCGCGGUCUCCUUAUUAUGACAAUGUCCGCCCGCUCUCCUAUCCAGAUUCUGAUGCUGUCCUGAUCUGCUUUGACAUCAGUCGGCCAGAAACUCUUGACAGCGUGCUAAAAAAGUGGAAAGGUGAGAUCCAGGAGUUUUGUCCGAACACCAAAAUGCUUCUGGUUGGUUGCAAGUCAGAUCUGCGCACAGAUGUAAGCACGCUAGUGGAACUUUCCAACCACAGGCAGACACCCGUGUCCUACGAUCAGGGUGCAAAUAUGGCCAAACAGAUUGGAGCAGCUACAUAUAUUGAAUGCUCAGCCUUACAGUCAGAAAACAGUGUCAGAGACAUUUUUCAUGUUGCCACCUUGGCGUGUGUGAAUAAAACAAAUAAAAAUGUUAAACGAAACAAAUCGCAGAGGGCAACAAAGCGAAUUUCACACAUGCCUGGCAGGCCAGAACUUUCCACAGUGGCGACGGACUUGCGAAAGGACAAAGCAAAGAGUUGCACGGUGAUGUGAAGGACCUUGAUUUCCUGCAGAAGGAGGAAGAGAGCGUCCGGGAGGGGUGGAGGCUCAAUGAAGUACACAGCCACAUGGUAUUUAAUGAGGGCUUAUGCCAGUGCUUUAACGGAGGCUUCGCCUGUCGUGUGAGACUGUACUUAGGAACUGAGCAGC